AUGACGACCGACGUGAAGAAGCAAAAGAAAAGCGUGAAUGGAAAAGGUGUUAAAAACGAAGAUUUUAAGGAAGAAGUUGAAAAUGUGUCCUCUUCUGGUUCGAAUUCUUCUCCUGAGAACGAAAAUGAAAAGGAUGAAACUCCCAAAACUUUUAGAGAUUUGUUGUGCGAUGCUUGCGAGAAGUUGGGCUACAAAGAUCCCACUCCCAUUCAACGUGAGGCUAUUCCCACUGCUUUGUCCAAACGAGAUGUGAUUGGUCUUGCUCAAACAGGAAGUGGUAAAACUGCCGCUUUUGCUCUCCCUGUAAUUCAGGAAUUGUGGGACAAUCCUAGCCCUUAUUAUGCUGUUGUACUUGCACCUACUCGAGAGCUUGCUUAUCAAAUUUCUGAACAAUUUGAAGCAUUGGGAGGUGCCAUUGGAGUUCGAAGUGUUGUUAUUGUAGGUGGUAUGGACAUGGUUACACAAGCAGUUGCUUUGUCUAAAAAACCACAUAUCCUUGUCUGUACACCUGGUCGUUUGAUGGACCAUUUGGAAAAUACGAAAGGAUUUAGUCUUCGAAACUUAAAAUACCUCAUUAUGGAUGAAGCUGAUCGUCUUUUGGAUAUGGAUUUUGGUCCCAUCAUUGACAGAAUUUUAAAGGUCAUUCCUAAAGAAAGACGUACUUUGCUUUUCUCGGCUACCAUGACCAGCAAGGUUGAGAAGCUUCAACGUGCUUCCCUCCAUAAUCCCGUGCGUGUUGCCGUUUCUUCCAAAUUCUCCACUGUAGAUACUUUGAUUCAACGUUACUUGUUUUUCCCUUUUAAGCACAAGGACACUUAUCUUGUUUAUUUGAUUAAUGAACUUGCUGGCAACACCGUCAUUAUAUUUGCACGUACGGUACAUGAUACUCAACGAUUGGCAAUUUUAUUGCGGUCGCUUGGAUUUAGCGCAAUCCCUCUCCACGGUCAACUGACGCAAAGUAAUCGUCUUGGUGCACUCAAUAAGUUCAAGUCUGGUACUAGGUCAAUUAUGGUUGCUACAGAUGUUGCUGCUCGUGGUUUGGAUAUUCCGCUUGUUGAUGUCGUUGUAAAUUAUGAUAUUCCCACCGACUCCAAAGCAUAUGUUCAUCGAGUUGGUCGUACAGCUCGUGCCGGACGUGCUGGUAAAUCAGUUGCCCUUGUAACUCAAUAUGAUUUGGAGCCAUUCCUUCGUAUUGAGGCUGCUAUUGGUAAAAAGAUGCAAGAAUAUGAACAUCAGAAGGAUGCAGUAUUCUUGUUGUCGGAGCGGGUGGAUGAAGCACAGCGAGAAGCUGCAAUUCAAAUGAAAGAGAUCCAGGACAGGAGAAGAUCAAAGGGUAAGCUUCGUACAAAACGCAAGCAUGAUGAUCUUGAUCGUGAAGAGCAAGUCUCCUAA